CACCACUUUCCAGUCCAAACAUGGGUUUGGUAAUUGUUGAGAAUAUGAAGCUCCAUCCUUCCCUGUUUAUUCUGAUCUGUUUACUUAGAUGUGGAAUGACGGGUGAUGUACGUAAGGCGAAUGCUGCUCUGGACAGUUCUUCUCACCCUUACGACAGUCUCUUGCACCAGGUUAAGAAAGACUGUAAUGCCUUUAGUCUAGCGACUCAGCAAGCAGUUGGUGGUGCUAUAACUAAAUUGGGUCUGAAGCUACUUGAGAAUCUACAGCCUGGGCCUGAACAACCAAAUGUUGUUCUGUCUCCUUUAAGUAUUUCACUUGCACUCACACAGUUAGCUGUGGGUGCCAUGAAUGAAACGGAGGAUCAGCUACUAGAAGCUUUGCAUGCACGUUUGUUACCUGAUUAUUACAAAAUCGUAAGCUGCCUCCACGAAGAACUACUCGCCAAGGCCGUAAAAGUGGCCUCUCGUAUCUACCUCAAACCAGGUUUUGUUCUGAAGAAAGACUUUGUGGAAAGAUCUCUUCAGCUGUUUAGGUCAUCACCCACACCACUCACUUCUAUAGAGGAAGUUAAUCAGUGGGUGGAAAACACCACCAAUAAUCACAUUCACAACUUUUUGUCAACUCUUCCACCCAAUGUGGUAUUAAUGCUGAUAAAUGCUGUUCAUUUUAAAGGGGAGUGGAAGUCUCGUUUUAACGAACGCUUUACUGCCAAGGAUCUUUUUUACGUUGACAGACAGACAUCUGUAAGGGUGGACAUGAUGAUGGGAUCCAAAUAUCCACUCAGCACAUUUGUAGAUGGAGAGCAAGGCAUACAGGUUGCUCGAUUCCCUUUUCAAGGAAAUACAAGCCUUCUGGUGGUCAUGCCAUUGCCAUCACAUAAUUUGUCAAAAGUUGCCUCCAACCUCAACAUCUCUGACCUAUAUAAACGUCUUCCAAGUGAAAUACCAAUGAUUGUCAAGCUGCCCAAGUUUAAACUUGAAUAUAAACAGGAUUUGCAACAACCACUCAUAAGCAUGGGUCUCGGUUCUCUGUUCUCUGGGCCUGACCUGUCUGGUAUUGCAGUGGGCCCACUGGUAGUCUCUGGUGUUCAGCAUGCCUCCAGUGUGGAGUUAAAUGAGCAGGGAGCAGAGGCAUCGGCUGCUACAUCUAUCACUCUUGUACGCACUGUGCCCAUUUUUGCUGUCAAUAUGCCAUUCAUCUUUGCCAUAGUGGAUGAUGUUUCACACACACCACUCUUCCUCGGAAUGGUCACCAACCCAAAUCCCAGAGCAACGGCUAAUUCAAGUGAAGACCCAGAAACCACAGGGCCUUCCAAUAGCAAGAUGCUAAACAAUGAGCCACAGAAUGAUAACCCCUUUCAUAAUAUGAUCCAUGUCUGAUGUAAAAAAGAAAACAACAUGACCUCUCAAAUAAUACAUGUGGGGGAAAGAUGGCCUAUAGGAAGAUCACGAAAUUAAUUGAGCUGUCCCUAUCACACACUGUACCUUUACAUGCACACUGUAUGAUAGUCAGCCAAAAUGGCCAAGGACUUACAGCAAAAAUCCAACUGGGUACUUAAACCCUCUGAUUACUAUAUGUUAGUUAUAGUGUUUUAUAGAAUGGGACAUUUAAAAACAAACAAAAAAACAUUUCAGCCAUCUCAUUGUACAUGGGUUGCUGAUAUACAUAUUUUAUUCAUUUUGGUACAGUAUUUUGUUUUGUUUUUUGUCUGUCAAGCCAAAAUUGCAUGUUGUUAGAAAGUUGUUGUUUUUUCCUGGGUCAGAUGUUUCAAAAAAUUGUAGUAAAAAUAAAAUCACUAAACAUUAAA